ACCCAGUAAUUUGCGGGGCUAAGAGUCAAGACCGAUUCACUCUUUCUUCACAAGCCCCGCGCUUCCUAAAACCCCUCGACAAGUACUCUUUCUUUGUUUCUCGGAGAACCAGAAUCAAACACCAUGAGCUCGUUCAACAACACCACCAAUUUCGACAACCUCCUCCUCCAAACUCUGAUGGGUCGCCUCCAAAUCCGCCCUCCAACCAACCCGUUCAACUCCCAGUCCCUCGAGGACCUCCUCUUUGAUGCCGCCAAUCUCUCCGACGAUAACGACGACGAUAGUAGCAACAAGACCCAGCUCGCCAAAGAAGAAUCCAAGCUCGAGAAGGAAAUUGUCCGGGUAAUCCUCAGCGGAAAUACUGAUUCCCUCAAACCUAACUCUGGCCAGGCUGUCACCAUCGGCGAGCACCAUAUUUGCGUCGGGUUUCACGAGGAUACAGGUUCGGAUUAUCGAGUAUGGGAGUGGCAUGGGCAUAUAAUGCUCUUUGACGAAGAGAACGGAUACACGCCCGAGUAUAUAUAUGGAAAUUACUUUGAGAGGUUGUUGGUUAAGUCGCGUAGUGGUGAGGAGGAGAAGGAGGAGGUGGAGGAGGAGAAGGAGGAGGUAGAGGAGGAGAAGGAAGAGCAGGUGGGGAUCUUGGGGCUGAGGGACUUGAUUGAUGGUGGGGAUACCGGUGGUGCUCGAAUUCUUCAUCGGAACUUGAAUUCUGGUUCUCCAAGGUUUAUAUGAGAAGAUUGUUCUUUUCAAUCUUUUUUGUCGAACUUUUUGUUGGGAUUUGUUGGUGUUAUGGGAUUUGUGGCUUUAACUCUAUUUAAAUUUCUGCGAGGUCUAGGCUUUGUUUUUGGUUGGUUUAGUUUUAUUGUUCUGGGUGUUAGAAUUGAGAAGCUGCUCUGCUUGCUUGUUUUUGCACUUUUUUCAGCUUGAUAAUGCUACGUAUAUGGUUGUUUUUUUCCACCAUGCA